AUUUGAGCAGAUCGUAAUGAAAGUAAGCAAAUUAUUUAAAGCACUUCAAGUCAGCGAACUCAUUUUCCAAGGCUGAAUUAUUAGAGACUGCAACUCACGAGAUUUGAUGGAGUAUUAUGGGAUGUCUGGAAUUCACUCCGCGAGACAGGGGAGAAAAAUAUCUAGCGUUCACCACCAAGCUUUAGCUAACGGUAGCUGGAUUGAAGUAAACAUGGAGCUGUCUGCAGUUGGGGAACGGGUUUUCGCAGCCGAAUCUAUCAUCAAACGGCGAAUAAGGAGAGGUCGAAUGGAAUACCUUGUGAAAUGGAAGGGCUGGUCACCGAAAUUUAGCACUUGGGAACCGGAGGAAAAUAUAUUGGACUCCCGCCUCUUCGUCGCAUUCGAAGAGAGGGAGCGCGAAAGGGAACUAUUUGGGCCCAAAAAGAGAGGCCCGAAACCGAAGACAUUCCUGCUAAAGGCACAAGCUAAAGCUAAAGCCAAAUCAUACGAGUUCAGGAGCGAUGCGGUCCGGGGGAUACGCGUCACCUACCCAACCCCAGAGCCUGUCAUCACCCCCAGAGCCCGAGAGGGGCUGAGGGCCGUGGUCCCCACCAUCUUCCCACCCAGCACCGUCAACAGGGGCGAGAGUGUGCGGGUCAGGCCCCCAGAACCGAUCCGAGAGCACCGUCAACCAGUCCUCCAGAGGCCCCGAGGCCCCGAUGGCUUUGUGAUUGUCCCCAAGAAGAGAGGGCCCAAACCCAAGCUGCGAUUUAAGGACAAUCCCUUCAACGCUCCUCCCGCCGCCCUGUCGCCCCCCAAGAGGAGGGCAGAGGAGCAGGCGACAUACGGCCCACUCAAAUUGGCCAAGUUGGGCCUGUCCGGUGGUGAAGAGAGGGGGUCUGAGAUGAGGGGGAUUAAACUAGCCCACAGGCACCAGGAGGAGCUGGGUGGUUAUCCCCACAAGCAAAUUAGGCCCGUGGCUAGUGGGAGCACACAGCAGCACUGCGGCCCAGACAGGGGCAUGUUGCACUCACACAGAAUAGGCUCAGACUCCCAGGCCUGCAGGACUAAAGAGUGCCCCUCAAACUACUUAUCCCCUCCCCAACUAAAGCACCUAUCCAAAAAGAAUGUGCAUCAACCCAGCGAAGAGCUGCCACAGAGGGGGAAGCCUUCACUCAUCGCCAAAAUCCCUGUGUCGCGGAUCCUGGGCCAAACGGAUGAGGUGACUUGGAAGCCUUGCUUGAACAACGUGGAGAAGGUUCUGGUGACUGAUGUGACCACAAACUUUUUGACAGUGACUAUCAGGGAGAGUAGCACAGAUCAAGGAUUUUUCAAAGAUAAAAGAUGAUUUCCUCUGAUUUUAAUUCUCUUCAGCUCUGUCAAUCUUGUACCAAAUUAUUUCGAAAAGUCCGUACUUUAUAGUGUCAUUUAUCAUUCAGAUUUUUUAUGUAAUGUAUAAAAGCAAAUGACAGGAUUGUAUGUGCAUAUGUAUAUAUAUAUAUAUAUAUAUAUAUAUAUAUAUAUAUAUAUACUAUAGUUGCAAGUCUAGUAAAUGUAAUGACCAAAAUGAAAGGAAGUCCAUUUGAAGCUAAUCACCACCCGUAGGCUAUUUGAAAGAGUUGCAUGCCUUGUGUACAGCGUUUACCUGUUUACAAAUGGCUUUUAGUUUUCAACAAUCCGCUUUUAAACAAACAAUAUACUUUGUCAGACAGGCAAUAAUUAUGUCAAGCUAGUACCUUUUAAAUGUUAAGAGGUAUAAUGGGGGUGCAUUUGUCAUUUGAUUUCACAUGUCGGUGAGAAAAACAAAUAUGGAGAAAUCCUAAACCAAUUAUAGUGUGAACUAUAUGUUCCAGGUCAUGCCGUUUCAGUUUGAGGUGUAGCUUACCCUAUUCAUUGCAAAAGUUUAUCAAGCACUUUUUUGGAAGGUUUAAUAAAAAAGUGAAUCAAAUCGAUGUCUUGUUGACCUACAUGUCCUCUAUAAGAGUUUAUAUAGCCUUUACAAUGCUAUAGGCCAGCAGAUGUCGGUCUUGUUUCCAGAUUUUAUAAACUGUUAAUAAAAAUGAGAAAGCUGCUUGAUGUUUAUGACGCUGUCUUUGUCGAAGAACAUAAGGUCUUUCUGUUGACAUCUGUGUUGGAUGUAUAAAUCAGAUGCUUUCAAUGUAACAGGAUGAUCACAACCUGAUGUCACAGUUUGCUUUUGAGAUGCUUUCCAGUAAACUUGUUGCAAUUGU